AUCAAUCAAGAAUCUAACUUUCCCUCCCUUUAGUUUAGUUUAGGGUCUUCAAAAAUCUAACCCUCUGUUCGCGACUCUUAUUCGGUUCGUCGUCGAAAUUUCAUUUUUCUGUGGUGUUGGAGAUGUCGCAGUUGCCGGAUGAUAUUCUGCGAAUCAUUUUCUCCAAGUUACCUGUUAAAUCUCUGCUUAGAUUAAAAUGUGUAUCAAAAUCCUGGUUUUCCAUUAUAACCAGUCCAUCCUUUGUGAAACUACAUUUGAAUACAGUCCUAACUAAGAACAGCCUUAGCCUCUUCUCCUGGGACUAUCAUCUUCAUCUCUUUUCCGCCAACUUUUAUUCUACUCGAGCUGUUCUUGAAUUUACUAGGGAUGAUUAUCAGCCAAUAAGGGAUACUGUCUUUGCUGGCACAUUUUGUGGCAGCGUCAAUGGCUUAAUCUGCAUUUUAAACCCCGUGGACUAUGUUGUUUAUCUGUGUAACCCAUCAACAAGAAAAGCUAUAAAACUGCCUGACCCGCCGACUAAUGUCUCAAUCCACUCUACGUUUUACACGCUCUACGAUUAUCAGUUUGGUUUCGAUCAUGUUAAUAAAGACUAUAAAGUUGUGAGAUUGGGGAUGUUAAUUGAAGCAAAAAGAAAACAGUUUGGAUAUAAACUAAGUGUUUACAGUUUAACAUCGAAUUCUUGGUAUUCACUAGAAAAAUUCAACCAUUAUCCUACUCUUUACGGAAGAAGUUGUAUUGUUUCUGGAGUUUUCUACUGGCUUUCAGAACACAUGGGAGAACAAGAAGUUAUAGGAUUUGAUCUUGGGACAGAGAAUUGCAGAGUCAUCAAAUUUCCUCCUGCUGCUGCUGCAUACGAAAGUUCUCCGUGUAUUAUAACCAAUUUAGACCUGUUUGAAGACAUAUUAUCUUUAACCUGUCAUUACGACUCCGGAGCUGUCCACAUGUGGUUAUUAAAGGAAGACAGUAGUAUGCAAAAAACUUGGUCGAGAUUCAUAUCGUUGCCAUCGCCAAUUAACCCUAGGACGGCCUUAAUGAUUGAAUCAGUCAAACCCAUUGCUUAUUCUGAGUGUCAUAAAAAAGUAAUGUUGUAUAUAGAUUAUACAUGUGUUUGGUAUACUUUAGAACAGGAGUUAGUUGAACCUAUUAUGCUUCGUGGCUUAGUAAAUCUCUGGAAUAUUCAACCUUGCAUAGAAAGCUUAGUUUCUCUGGAUCUGGAUGUUACAACAAACAAUUUAACCAGUCAUGAAGAAGAGGAGAACAUGUGA